CGACACGCUCAAGAUAAACGCCGCGGGAACUCUUUUCACGCCGAAGGAAAACGCCGAGCGCGUCUUCCUAAAAACGAAAAAAACCGAAAUUAGAAUAGGUAAUCAUGGGAACCAGAGCAGCAGCCUUCACGGCCAAGAUUCGCAACCUGCAUGACUACCACACCCGAAUCCUGCAUGGUCUCCCGCCUCUACCAUCUGGCGUGGACGUGGCGAACACACUGAAAUACUUCUCCCAGACCCUGCUCAGUGUUUUGAAGGACGUGCCGAGCAUUCCCCUGGACAUGAUCCGCUGCCACGAGAAGGACCAUGCGAGGACGACGCUGUUUCCGAGCCUCGACUACAAGGCCCUCUACCAUGCCAUUGUGCAGCUGGUGGACGCUGUGCCCAUCAUCCAAUCGGGGGCACAUGCACUGGGCCACACCAUACUCAACACCCUGGCCUGCCUGGUUCCAUUUCUGGAGCACGAGUACAUGGACACGCUGCCAUACAUCGUGGCGUCGUCGAUGGCACUCUUUCCGAACUCUCUCCACAAGGACAUUGUAGACAUGCUCUGCAACCAUCUCCUACCUUACACCAUCUCAAAUCCAGUAGAUGCUGAUGCACUCAACUAUGCCAACAUGUCAACAUCUGCUGUAAUCAUGAUGGUCUUUCAGUACACAGAAAACAUGGCAUACCAGACGCAGUUACUGGAGUGCCUCAUGAGCCUUAAACGAGACAUUGUGAAGGACUUGCUGUGCGUGAUCGCCCACGGCACUGCCAAGGCACGGCACCCAGCGGUGGAAAUGCUCUUUCACUACUGGCCCACACUCAACCCCAUGUUGAGGGACAAGAAAGGGUUCUCAAUCAGGCACUCAGGCUGGAAGCCCCUGACAUGCCAACGGGAAAGCUGCGUCAGUUCGGAAAACAAGGAAGCCUACAAGAUGUGCCUGGACCACUCCAUCGCCAUCGCCUCGGGCGAGCGUCCGCCGCCUCUCUUCGUCUGCCAGGGAUGUGCCGACCAAAUCCGCCGAGAGCACGGCCCCAACCACCUGAUGGACGUGCUGCUGCCCAUGCAGGAAAUUGCCCUCACCUGCGAGAACAAGAACUGCAGCACCCGGGACAAGUCGGCCAGCAUCACCUGCUUCUCAAUGGAGUGUGCCAGCUACAACGGCAACAAGCCCAUCCGCUACUGCAACCCCUGCUUCCAGGCGAGGCACAGCGGCAGCAACGAGCGCGCCAGCCAGCACGUGGCCCUGCGGCCCAUCCCCAGCCCCUGGAGCAUGGACCGCGAGACACAGCUCUACUUCGUUGAAGCCAUUGUCAGCCUCCUGAAGGAAGCCCAGCCGACAACGGACAAAGGAGGGGUCACCACGCCGGGCAAGGAGUCAACGACCGAGCGGCACUCCCGCUCCGGAGGCGCCCUCUCGGAGGGGCCCGAGGAGUCGCUCGAGUGCAUGGCCCAGGAGGAGCGCCAGCUGCUCAGCCGCUACGGGGUCUGGCUCCUCGUGGGGCUCUGCACGCCCGAGGACAACACCCCUCAGGAAACGCUGGGCCGCCUCCUGGGUAUGCUGUUCCAGUGGUUCCACUACACGGCCUGCCUUCCAGACGAUCAAACUGGAAAUGCCUUGGAAAGGCUGAAAACUGAAUACAUCCAUGGGUGGCUGAUGGACAUUGUACGGACUCAUUUCGACGUGUUUGUGUCCUGUCUCCUGCCUCAUCCCGCUGAAUAUGCACAAGUUGGAGGCCACUGGGAUAACUGGCCAUGUCAGACUGACCAGAUCAAGGAGGGGUUCAAGACACUCCUUUGCCUUGUUCCGUACGACAUCAUUAACAGAGAGGUUUGGGAGUACAUUAUGCCACACUGGAUGGAGGCCUUUCGGUUUGAAAUUCCAGAGGAAGAACUUUCGGAGCUCAAGAUUCUUCUCAGCAAGGUCCUUGACCCAGACCUGAGCCCACUGGGGUUCAACAUCAAGCAGAUGUAUGGAUUCCUGACUGCCCGCUUUGAGAACACAACUGCACAAGUGCAAGAGCAAGCCCUGUACUGGCUACAGAUUCUGACCAUGCUGGAGGUGCCUGUCCCCAUGAACCUGCUCUUCUCCAUGUUCCCUGCGGGAGUGCAGGCAACACUGGGGCCAGCUCCCUUGUCCAGCGAGCCCAAAGAAGAGGCCCAUGUCGCCACGCUGACCCCCAAAUUUCAUCCGUUGCGACAGGACACCACUGGUACCAUGCUUGGCAGCCUCGGCCUGGACUGCGACCAGCUUCCAAGCUUUCUGCCGGAGGACGCUCCUCCACGAGAAGACAAGUCAGAUGCAGAGCUCUGCCUCAGCUGCCACAUCCUCAUGGUCGACAUCCUCAUCAAGCAGCUAGAGCUGCAGGAGGUGACCCCCCAUCGUGGCCUGAACACCUCGGAGGCACGCGAGAUCUUGAGCCUGCUACAUGCAAUGCUGAGAUAUCCCCGGGCGGAGCACCAGUGUUGCCAGGCGGGCAGCGCCGGCGGAGCGGGCGGGGUGCCGGCCGCUUGCCUCUUCUGUGAGAUGAGCGCCAUCUGGUACCAGCUCGUGCUCUCACUCAUCGAGUUCUUCUGCCCCGUCAUGGAGGUGGCCAUGGCAGAUGUUCCAACAGAUCCGACCAACCCGGCAAACAGCCACCCGCCCAUUUCGCCAAAGCCGCAGACGAAGGACGAACCGCAGAGGCCGGUGCCGACCGCACCACCCAAGGCCGCCCAGCCUUCGCCGCCAACGCUGGUGCCUGCCAAAGAACCAACAGUCGCCACAAUACCCGGAAGUCAGGAGAGUCCUGAAGCUCCCCUCGAACACGAGGUGGGACCGGCGCCCGAGGGCCCGGUUCUGAUGACGGCCACGGUACAAGAGUGUCCAGGGCAGCUGGACACCGUGGCAAUCAUGCCCACCGAGCAAGUGGUUACUGCCUUUGCCAGGGCAGUCACUCUCACCGAAGACGAUGUCCCCGAAGCCAAGUGCACCGUGGCCUCGGCGACGCUGGUGGAUGAAAACGACAGGGCCGUGGUGGCCCCAGAACCCGUGGACGACGCUUCCUUCUGGCAAACGAGUCAGGGGAAGUUCCGCUUCACCAUCGACGAGCUCCCGCCACAACUUCGCCUUGUCUAUGUACUACUGAGGGAAAUGGCGGUGCACGAGGAUGCAGACGUGCUGUACCACCUUCUCACCUGCCUCAAGCUGCUCAGCCUUCAUGCCGAAGUGCUGAACAAGGCCGCUCACGAUCACCGAGGCUUUCUCAUCUGGUGCCAGGAAAAUCUUUUAGUGACAAACCUGUGGAAGUUAUUGCAGGCAGAGUUUUCGCAGAUAGCACGUCUGUGUGUGCCCCUGCUUCUGCACUGUGUCACGCUGCCCAGUGGCAUGGACAUGUUCUGGAAGGUGGUCGAAGCCGACUUCCACAGCGAGAACUGGAGGGACAGAUUCGCCGCAGUGGAGAAAGUGACAAUGAUUGGGCACUUCCUGGAGCCCAACACAGUAAAGAACAGCCCCCUGCUGCAGUCGUCCCUGGCCAAUGCUUUCUCCUACCUCAUUCACUGCCUCGACGACAUCCAGACCGCUGUGGCCGAGAGGGCACUCCUCUCCCUCGAGAGCAUCCGCACCGCAUCACUCAAGCUGCUGGUGUGGUGCCUUGAGGCACAGUUCGACACGGUCAUCCUAGAUCGGCCAAUGAUCCUGCAGACCGUGUACCAACUGUACAGCCACCUAAGCGAGCGCCGUUUCCUCACCUGGGACUUCUUUCUCAACCGGUUUGACGCCCUUUUCAUGGAGGCCCAGAUCAGCCUGGAGAGGAGCGGAGAGAUCACAUACACCCGCGACCUGAAGAACAGCAACAAGAACAGCGAGGUGUACCAGCGCAAGCUGAACCGUGCCCACGAGGCGCUGUCACUCACCCGAGCAGGACGCACCCUCACGGCGAGUCUCGGCACCAAGUGGCCCUACAAGAGGGCCAUGUCCGCCCCCGGCGGCAUGAUCUCCAGACAGGACAAGAUGCUUGUGGACAAGGAGAAGAUCUACGGACGCCAGUCUUCAGCGCCGGUCCUCAAAAGGAAAAGCUCACGGAUGAGCGCUACUGGGACGUUCAGUGGAUACCCUUCGCUGCAGCAUUUCCCAAACAGUUUCUUUCCAGAUGGACAUCUCAAGGACAUGGCCCAGGAAGAAGGACAUUUCCUCCAUGUCCUCCAUAGAGUGAUGGAUAUGGAGGACCACGACAAGGACACACUGCAUCUGCUCAUCUUUUUACUUAUGGAGUUUCUCUCCAGACCUGACCAGUCUCAUCCAACAGAGGAAAAAGCAAUGGCCAGAAACCAGCUCAUUGUUCUCAGACACAUCAAUGUCCUGCUGGGAUACAGCCAGUCUGAAAAAGGAUUCCUUGUUUCACCCGGCAAGCUGAGAAUGUCCCCAGUGUUUAACGCCUUCUUGGUCUCAAUGCCAAAGGUGCUGGACUACAACUUCAGAAUCGGCAGCGUGCUGCUGAGCACGUGCAUGCCCGUGCUCAUCUACUGCCCGUCGCCACAGCGCUACUCGCACGAGCACGCUUCGCCACGUUACUCCCUCUGGCUGCUUGAUCCGCCAGCGCGCCACUCGUGGCUCAUGGCUGUUCUAGUCAUUCUUUACAAGUUUGACUACGAAAGCCCGCCAUUGUCGAGGCAAGUUCAGAUGCUGGUGCGCAUCAUGCUGAACACUCUGGAUGCCCAGAAUCACCAGUGCAAGAGCAUUCCAGAGCCCUUCCUGAGCCCUGUUCCCUCCCGCUCCCGGGAUCUAAGCACUGCAUCUGUUGACUUAGAAAACAUCCAGGAACACGACGCUGGCGCCCCGCUUGACCUCACCCUUGGCGGAGACGAAAUCCGAUUUGCUUUUGGAACGGGCGUCGGAUCGGACACAAAGGCUGCCUACCACAAGCCGCUGAUAAGAGACAUUCACGACCCAGAAAUGACCCGCUCCGGCAAAGAUUCGGCCGAAUGGUCCCAAUGGAAAGCUCUCAAGAUAGCAGAGUUCAGCUGCUCCGGCGACGAAGACGAUGCGGAGCCAGAGCUGGAAGCCAUUCCGGAGAGCCCAAAGUCCGAGACAUCGGACCUGGCAGAGUUUGGAGGGGAGCUCGAGGUCCUAGCUCCUUCUGUGCCAACCGCAGAGCUAGCAGAGCAAGCCAGGGUCCGUGUGGUCAAGGAUGUGCUUCCAGGACAAGAAGCCAUCACCGUCAUGGACCCAUCAUGGCAGCUGGCGGAAGAACCGGUUCUUGUUGGAGCGGGAGAUAUUGACACGCAGAUGGCAUCACAGCUGUCUUCUUUCUUGUCCUCAACAUCCGAAGUCCAGAAGCUGGAGGAAGGACUGCAACACAUGGAGAAGUCCGCCAUGGAGUCGAUGGAGAAAAGCGAACUGGUCUCGCCAGAGGCUGUGAAGUCCGACACGGUUCGGUAUGAGGUCGUGGAGGUACAGAGUCUAGUGGUAACAGAUCCCAAAGGAAAGACCGCUGCUGACAGAAAAGACUCAGAGGCAUCGCAGAGCCCUUCGGAAUGGCAGAACUCUUCCAAUGUCCUGACAGGUUCACCGAAACACUUGCCGGACCAAAAGUCUGCCGAGGACACAGAGUCUGGAAAGUGUGAGACGCCGCAGCGAAGACCCGAAGUCCGCCUCCCCGACGUGCAUCCAAGCGACAUUAGGGGCAAGGUUGCCGCUGUGAAGAAGGUGUUUGAAGCGAGAGCCACGUCGGACGCCGCAGCCGCGUUUGCUUCCUCCCGCAGGGACGCCAUGUCUUUGGACAUCAGACCGACCGCAGGACCAAGAGAUCGCGCCCUCCCUGUCUCCAAGUCCACCACCGAUCUAGACGACGGCGAUGACCGCGUAGCUCCUCUGAGUCCAAGCAAGUCACCCAAGCCCCGCAUCCACCGCAUGGGCGCCGUGGACCUCGGCUCGCUGAGGGUCAAGCCUGCCCCGCUUGUGGAGACGGCUGCGGUGGAGCAGAGAGCACUCCAAGCGAGCCCAAAGGAGAAAAGCCCCAAGAAGGCAACCAGGGACCCUACGACACUGAAGCAGCUGCAAGAAAAAGAGCCCCAAUUCAGCCCGAAAAAGACAACGACGGAGCCCACAGCCCCUCCGAAGCCGCCACAGCAGGCAAGCCCGAAGAAACCCGCGGAGGCAGCCCAGAAACCGGCGCGGGGAUAUGUCAAGGAACCGGCGACGGCCCAACGAUCCCUCGACAUGCUGACCGCGAAGCUGCGUGGCGCCCCCAAGGAAACCGUUCACAGGACCAAGUCGGAAAGCAGCCAGGCGACUGCUCCCAAGCCGUUGUCCUCUCCUGCUUGGAGCACCCAGCGGCACAGCCCUGUGGUGCUAGAGCCGCUCAUGGUCAGGCCGACACCCGAGCGCCUCCUCCCCAUCGGACCGCAGCCCAAGGCCUCCAAGCCUUUCAUGUCCAAGCAACUCUCCACCGGUAGCCUUGGUCCCGGAACUGAUUUCCGGCACAGGUCCGAACUGCCACUGCGUCAGGCCGACGUCUUCACACUCGAUGCCAGCAGGGCCCUCCGGGGCCUGCCCCUGGGGCCUGUGCCACCCAGGCCCAUAGAGAUCCCGUCCUUGGAGAGACUGCUCCCCGUCGGACCGCUGCCCACCCGGCGAGAGGCUGCCCUCGACAUCCGCAGCAUCCCGAGCUCCCCGGCGAAGCGGCUCAAGUCUCGCUCCCAGAGCACAGACACAACCCUCGCUGCGAAGCGGAGCGAGCCAGACCUCCUGGCCUCCGCGCGUGUGCAACUGGCCAGCGGCGGCACGCAGAGGGACCAGGUGUUCACAUUCCCGGACGUUCCGGCGGCAGCGGCGGAACAGCACCCCUCCGAGAAGCCCCCGCAACGGCAGCCCUCCUCCGACGCCGUGGUGAAGGCAGAGGAGGGCGGCAAGGGCCGUGGCGAGGACGCGGCAGCGCUCAAGGACAGGGUGCGUCCUCAGGAGCACUCGAUCAGCGGGGGCCUCAUCGACAUGCUUGUGAAGGACGUCAUCCUGGACAAGGUGCUCAGUGCCGCCGGAAGGGUGGAGACCGCCUUCUUCACCCACGGGGGCAACAGCCUCGAGGUCAAGGAUGACGAGGAACCUGCCACGCCGCAUCCCGACAAGGGGGCGAGUGACGAAGCACGAUCGCGGCUUCACUACCGCCCCCGGAAACAGCGCAAGUCUGGCCUGACCACCGUGGAGAUCCAACGCACCCUCGAGUCUCGUGGAGGCACCGGCAGGCGCGCUCGCAAGACCGAUCCAGGACCCGGGCCCACUCCGUCGAAGCGGUCCGGCCGUCCUUUGAGCUCGCGAUCGGGCGAAGACGCCGUGCCGGACCGCUGCCCCGAGUGCGCGGUGGCCCUCGAGCAAUACAGCGACGAAGAGCUGGGGCUAUGCGUGGUUCUGCUUGCAACCUUCGUGCACCGCCAGCCCUCCCUGGCCGCGCCACUGCUCCCCGAGAUACUCCGCGUUGUUGCCAGGGUUGCUUCUCAAGUAUUUUACCCAUGGCAACACGAAAGCAAUGUACACCUGCCAGGGGGGUGCAACAGUGUGGCGCGGCAGUUCAUUAGAUGCACCCUACACCAGCUCUCCACCAAUGGCAUCUUCCAGCAGAUUUUUCAAGGAAACUUUGAUGCCGACUUCUUUAAAGUGAUGGCCGCAGCUCUGGCAGACUUCAACGAACUCAACCAAAUCCAGCCACUGAUGAUCCUUUUUGAAGAGCUGAACGAGCGCAAGCACGUGCCCGGAGAGCAGCUGCUGCAGGUGCUGGGCAAUGUGGCCGCCUACCUGGAGUGCCUGGCCCCCGAGGGCAACGCCCUGCUCUGGACCGCUUUCUUGCCACAGCUCGACGCUCUGCUUAGAAAGCUGCUGCUGGCCCUGCCGCCCCUCGCCGCCGGGGCCUCGGGCCCGGCCCCCGCGGCCGCAGCCCCGGCCUCCUCCCUCGAGCCCCUGCUCCGGCUCCUGCUGUGCGUGCUGCGCGUGCCCACCGUCAACACCUGCAAGUCAAUCCUGGACCCUUUUUCCAAAAUCCUGAGCUACGCCAUCCAGCACUCCCUCAUUCAAUACCAACAAUUACUGGAGCUGUGUCAUCUCUGCAACCGAAACAUGUCCAGGGAAAGAGACAAGCAAGUGUUCACGAGGACAGUCGUAUUUGAGCUGGUGCAAGCACUCAAGUUUAAGUCGGUGAUUCCGGAUGAGAACCUGCUUGUACUUGUGCAGUUUGUGCUCCAAGAUGCUGGAGGCAUUCUGUGUCCCAACGUUAUUGUUGAGGAUCUACUCCUCCCGCAGGACCUCCAAAACACUUAUAACACAGGAGCCAGUGAGUGCAUGCGACAAAAUCUCAACGAAGUGCUGGAAUUCGUGGCCGACGUCCAUGCGCUCAUAAGAAUCAAGAGCAACUUCCAUGGAACAGCGAGUCGACUGAACGAAGAGACCCUGGGGGGCCAGGCGAAGGCUGGCAUGGCCCAGUACCUGGCCCUAGAGAUCACGAAGGGCAAUGGGAGGGACAACAGGGCCAUUGGGAAGUACCUGCCCUGGCUCUACCACCCACCUUCCUCCGUGCAGCAGGGCCCCAAGGAGUUCAUCGAUUGCGUGGCCCACAUCCGGCUGCUGUCCUGGCUUCUGGUGGGGGCCCUCAUGCACAGCGCCCUGCUCAGCAACACAGCCAGCCUCGUGUGCCAGCCCAUCCCGCUGGAGGCCAACAGCCACAUCGCCGACCACAUACAGGUCAUCCUGGCUGGCUUUGCAGAGCAGUCCAAGGCCUCUGUAUUGCACAUGUCAUCGCUGUUCCAUGCAUUCAUACUUUGCCAGCUGUGGACCAUGUACUGCGAACACAUGGUCUCGCUGAACCCGCCAGGCAGCGAGCAGAACCAGCUGUGCUCCCUGACGCUGACCGACUUCUGGAUCAAGAUCACACCGGGGAUCCUGCAGCUCGUGUGUCACUCCAAAGUGCUGGCGGAAAUGGUGAGCCUCCAUUUCUUGAGCCUCAUGGAAGCCCUGCUGGAAUGCAAUUCGACGGUUCUGGCCCGGUUGCUCCCGAUGUGGACGCCGGUGCUGUACAGCUACCAAGGCCAGCUCCCAGGCCAGCUCAAAGUGCGCCUGCAAGCCUGCCUCGACUGGCUGCCGCCAUUGCAGACAAGGGAGGAGGCCACCUUUGUGAGCAGCAACUUCCUCAAGUGGCUCCAGCGAAUCCAGUUCAAGAUGGGCCAGAUCGAGCUCCAGUCCUCGGCUGCAACUCAGUUCUACUCCGUCUGAGUUUGCCCACCUGUCUCUCUACACCUCGCUCAUGAGUAGUCGCCGCAGAGCAGCAGUGUCGCCAACCCACUCAAGUUCUCCGAGAGCUAGCACAGCGUUUCAGUCGCAACACUCCAUACUUUUGUUCCGCCUCCGUUUGCAACAACAAUACAGGUGUAAUAGCAGGUAAAAGGACACUCCGGCAAUUUCUUGAGCUACCCCAACUAACUAUAUUUUCGAAAUCACCGGCCUUUACCCUUUCCGGUAUGCUAUUUAGUAUCGCAAAAUUCAGAACAGUUAUAGUGAAAUCGGCAAGUGAAAAUGAUGCCAAAACCAACAUUCAAAUAUACCCUUGUUUUUCAAUGCCGUGAUGUCGGAGGAAGCCAGGCUUGCAGGUCCGAGCGGGCGGUCUAUAAAUGGACUAUGAAAAAGGACUAUGCAGAUCAUUUGUGCUGGUGCGAGCUUCCAUGGCAUUCAUUCGGCACCAUAAAACUGCUUGUAAUCAGUUGAGAACAGUCUACAGUGCGAAGAGUGAACCCCUGCCUUCCCCUGAUGUCACUUUUUCAUUGUUGCCAGUAAGAGCCUUUCACUUUGAAAAAUAUGGUGAGGACCAAAACUGUAAAUUUAAUAACCUUGCAAAAAAAAAAUUUAUUUUCGCACAUUACUUGAAUGACUAUUUUAGCUUUUUUGUUUUUUGUGUGUGUGUGCGUGUUUAGCAAAUUUUCAGGCAAAUCGGGGACUACAAAUAAAAUGCCGCAGUAAUGAAGGCCAUCAAGAAUGUUUCAGGUCUGCCAAUAGAUGGCGCUGAGCAAUUACGGAAAAGGCCCAUUCAGUGACCAUACGCAACAACAGGAUGUACUUAGGAUGGCAAGCUUGAGGGAAGCGGUUUCUCCCAUGAAGAAGACAACAACGUCCGAGAAGGAGAAAAGCUUGUCAAUAACAAAGAUAUAUUGAGACUAGACACACCAAAACUCAAUGCAGAAAUAAGCAAGUAAGUCUGUUUCUGCAUUGUGUUCGUUCUUUAUGUGUGGUUGUUGCAUAGGGGUACCCAAUCCCCUAUGCAGUCGUGUCAAGGCUGUCAAUGUCCCCAUAUUUAACCCUCUUUGGAAGAAAAAUUUAUACUGGAAAAAGAAAGCUUUGAAAUUCAAUUACCUUAAUCGUUUUAUUAGAGUUACCUAGAAACAUGGCGAAAAGUACCCAAGGGACGAGACAAUACAGGCACAUAGUAACCGAUUUCAGGUACCUGUCACCAUGUUUAGCUUCUACCGACUCAUUAUACUCUUGCAUUUUCUGCCCAGAAAGCUAUAAAAUUUGUUUAUUGCUUUUUGUAAAAGAAUUACUACACUUAAUUUCAGAGCAAUACCCAAGUAAUUAAACUUUUGUUUAGGGUUGGCAACACUGUGCAGCAGCUUAGGCUUUCUGCUAUCUACAUAGGCCAGCAAACUGAUGCUGAUGAUUUAGAGCUUCCCUGAGAUAAGCUUCUGUUGUUUCUAAUAGCGGUUUGCGCCACUGAGGCUUGUCGAGUAGUGAAUAGGGGCGCCUGACAGUCAAUGUGUUUGUCUGGUUAGAGAAACUUGGAAAACGAAGAGGCUGUGAAAGUUGAGGAUUCUGAGCCUGAAAGUGAUCUCAUUCAUUUUAGGUUGCAAAAUAAGUUUUUAAUAUGUCUUAAACAGUACCCUAGCUGAAACAGCUAAAUAAAAAAAGUUAAAUCGAUGAUGAAAAAACUUUUACAGCUAAUAGGGAGUGUUAGUAUAUCGUUCCAAUAAUAAUACCCAACAUUCUGCAGGCACCCUCAUGCAUGCAUCGCGUCGUUAUUGGGUAUUGUUAUCAAAGCCCAGAUACAAUCUACUAAAACUGAUGGUAUGCCGGAGAAAACUUUGCAUGUCUUGUUGGCUAUUUCCAACCUGUCAGCUCAUCCUUCAACAGAAUUCAUAUUGUACUCUUUAACAAAGCAGUCUGGCAUGUUUAAAACGUUUAAUAUUUUAUAGUGGCUGUUAACUUCGCCAUUAGUAGCAUUGAUGGUCGGGUUGGCCAAAUCUUGGUAGAACCGUUGGCUUCUCGUUAUCUGCUCUAGAGACUACAAAUGUUGGUGCUCCGCUUAUCCGUUCACAUCUUGAAUAUUAUAUGUCUGCGUGUGUACAUAAUGUGCAUCUUGCAUACAAAGUGUGUCAAGCAAGUAUCUGUUUCCCCGGAUUGAGGUGAAUGAUUAUGAAUGCAGAGGAGAAAGGUCAGAUUGGCAAACGGCCAAGCUCCGGCUAUGCAACGAGGUUUAUUUCUGGCUGCUCCGUAGCUCUGUACUCCAGUACGCCUAUGUAAAUGCUCCAAUAAAACAAAGUCGAAAAAUAUGUACUGAGUCUUUGUGCCAAUUA